CCGCCGCGCCAUGGCUGGCCGCCGCUUCCUGUGGCUGCUUCUGGUCUUCGUCGCGCUGUUGGGCGCAGGUUAUGGGGAUGACACAGAUGACUUCAACCUAGAAGAUGCCAUCACCAGGCGACCCACUCCCAAGGGCCCCAGAAAGCCAGCAGGUGGGACAGACUUCGAUUUGGCUGAUUUCUUUGACACUCCUGUGAAGACUACCACCAAACCAGCCAAUCCAACUCCCAAGCCCUUCCCCAGGCCAGGGAAGCCAGACAACGGCUUUUGGGAUGUCAUUCGCACCACUACGACUAAGCAGCCAAAAACUACAAGAGCCUCCCCUAAGCAUAACCCAGAAAAGGAUCCUAUGGAUUUUAACUUGGCCGAUGCCCUUGAUGAUAAGAAUGAUGGGAAAGAUGCUGGGAGGCCAGAUAUAAGGCCAGGUGAAGGAUUUUCAGAUGAUGACCUGGCCAGCAUUGUGGAUGGUGGCUACAGCCCAGACAAGAAGAAGGGUGCCAGUGGCAACACCGACAACGACUACAGCAGAGUGGCAGAGACAGGGACAAUCGCCGGCAUCGUCAGCGGCCUGGCCAUGGCACUCAUUGGGGCUGUCUCCAGCUACAUCUCCUACCAGCAGAAGAAGUUCUGCUUCAGCAUCCAGCAGGGACUGAACACGGAGUAUGUGAAAGGAGAGAACAUGGAAGCUGUCGUAAGCGAGGAACCCCAGGUUAAAUAUUCAGUCCUGGAAACGCAGUCAGCAGAACCACCAAAACAAGACAGUGCGAAGAUAUAAAGCAUGACCCAGGGCUAAUCAGUCAGCAGCAACAGAGAUCUUACACGCUUGUAAUUUAGCUUUUAAUUUAAUUUGACUCAAAAGCUA